AUGGACUUAUCGUCUAUGACCGUCAGAUCGGCUUUUUCAAAACCAAGACAAGUGAACCUGCCGCUAACCCGAGAACACUGGACUGUAGAGACCGUGACCCGACCUCGGCAGACUACGGUUAUUCGGCCACUCAACGACGCCGCUACACACAAUCGACGAGGAACAUCGUCAAUCGCUCCGUCAGUACAGACUACCGGGAUCGACGACAACUCGAAGCCGAUAGCCACCGUUCCUGGCUCAGCUUGA